ACCUCCAACUUACAGUAUUCCCCGUCAACCCUUAGGGUGCAUUUCUAUGGGAAUACCUCACCAAGACCUGAACUGGACCUGACUCGCCUGCAACAUCCAAGCAUUCAGUGUCUUAGAAUCUCUCAUAAUCAACUGAAAGACUGGUACUUAAAUUGAAAGGGUACUGAUCACUAAAGCAACCAUAUCACGUAACUCCUCAAUAACUGUCUUUAGAAGUAUUAUCCAAGAUGGCUCCCACCACCAUGGAGGCGGCGGACAUCGUUGUAGUGGUGCUGUACUUCAUCCUGGUCCUUGCCAUUGGCUUCUUCGCCAUGAUGAAAGCCAAUCGGAGCACUGUGAGCGGUUACUUCCUAGCCGGCCGAUCAAUGAACUGGGCUAUGAUUGGUGCCUCUCUGUUCGUCAGCAACAUUGGCAGCGAGCAUUUCAUUGGCCUUGCAGGGUCCGGGGCGGCCAGCGGGUUCGGAGUCGCCGCAUGGGAGUUCAAUGCCCUCCUGCUCCUCCAGCUCCUGGGCUGGGUGUUCAUCCCUGUUUACAUCCACUCUGGGGUCUACACAAUGCCUGAGUACCUGGCCAAGCGCUUUGGCGGCCGACGGCUCAAGGUCUACUUCGCUGCUCUGUCUCUGCUGCUCUACAUCUUCACCAAGCUCUCUGUGGACCUGUACUCCGGAGCGCUCUUCAUCCAGGAGUCACUGGGAUGGAACCUCUAUCUGUCCAUCAUCCUCCUCAUCACCGUGACCGCGCUGCUGACCGUCACAGGGGGCCUGGUUGCGGUCAUCUACACCGACACCCUCCAGGCGUUCCUGAUGAUUGGUGGCGCGCUAUGCCUAACCGCCAUUAGCCUGGUAAAAGUGGGUGGCCUGGAAGGGGUGCGGACCAAGUACAUGGAAGCCAGACCGAACAUCACAGCGAUAUUAGCAUCCUCCAACUUCACCUACAUCCCCUCCUGCCACGUGGAGCCCAAGCCCGACUCCCUGCGCAUCCUAAGGGGCCCGCUGGACAAGGACCUCCCCUGGCCGGGCUUCCUCCUGGGCCAGACCCCGGCCUCCAUCUGGUACUGGUGUGCCGACCAAGUCAUCGUCCAGCGGGUGCUGGCCGCACGAAGCAUCUCCCACGCUAAAGGCUCCACACUGAUGGCCGGCUUCCUCAAGAUCCUGCCCAUGUUCAUCAUCGUCAUUCCCGGGAUGAUCUCCCGCAUCCUGUUUGCAGAUGAGCUGGCGUGUAUCAGCCCAGAACACUGCAUGGAGGUGUGUGGAUCCAGGGCUGGGUGUUCUAACGUAGCCUACCCCCGCCUGGUGAUGUCCAUCAUGCCGGUGGGUCUGCGUGGCCUGAUGAUGGCGGUGAUGAUUGCAGCGCUCAUGAGUGACCUGGACUCCAUCUUCAACUCCGCCAGCACCAUCUUCACCUUGGACAUUUACAAAAUGGCGCGGGAGCGGGCGUCUUCGAGGGAGCUGAUGGUGGUGGGGCGUGUGUUUGUGGUGUUCAUGGUGGUUAUCAGCAUUGCCUGGGUUCCUGUCAUCAUCGAGAUGCAGGGAGGCCAGAUGUUCUACUACAUCCAGGAAGUGUCUGACUACCUGACCCCGCCCAUCGCUGCCCUAUUUCUGCUGGGCGUCCUAUGGCGGCGCUGCAACGAGACUGGUGCAUUCUGGGGUGGCAUAGUGGGGUUCGCGUUGGGCGCCACGAGACUGAUGCUUGCGUUCUUCUACAGAGAGCCCCACUGCGACGAGCCGGACGAGCGGCCGUCUUUUGUCAAGGACGUCCAUUUCAUGUACGUGGCAUCCGGGCUGUUCUGGAUCUCAGUACUGGUGGCUGUGGUGGUUAGCCUCUGCACCCCUCCACCGAGCAUAGAGCAGGUCCGCACCACUACCUUCUGGGGGCUACGCCAAAGAAACACAACCCUAAACAUAGAGAGAGAUGAGGAGGAGAUGAGCAAGCUGAACCCCCAAACUAAGACCCAUGUCAAUGGGAACGGCUGCAUGGACAACGAGACGCCCAAAGACCUCCAUAAUGGUGUCAAUGGGGUGGAGGCUUUAUCCUAUAUGGAGUCUCCAUCUAAUCUCCAAAAUGGCGGGCACCCGACCUUUUCAAGCACCGGAAUGGCGGUAGACCAAGAAAAGCCUUGGGUGGUCUGCUGUGGAGGGGAGAAGGGGAGGUGUGUGAGGGUUCUAGAGUGGUUCUGUGGGUUUAAGGAGGAGCAGGCUAAGACCCGGCCCAGAUCACCCGAGGAGGAAGAGAGGCUUUUGCAGGAGAUGCUCCAGGAGACCCCCAGAACCAGACUCAUCCUCAACAUGGGCCUGGUGCUGGUCUGCUCUGUGGGGGUGUUCCUCUUCAUCUACUUCUCUCUGUAGGAGGGGAUCUCAACCUGUGACAUACACAAUAUAGUUUAUAUGUAAUAUGUCUACAUGUGACAUCUAAAGAAGUGUUUCUUAACUUGUGUUUCCUACGCCACCCCAAAAGUUCAAGCCCAGUGAAUCAGGUGUGCUUGAGCUGGGCUAGAACAAAAAUGUCCAACCUUGGUGGUACUCCAAUACGGACUCAGGGGUAGAUGUAACAUAGGAAACGUAAAUCUAGUAUGUAAUGUUACAUUUCGUAUGGUACAGUGCCUUAAAGUAUUCACACCGCUUAACUUUUUCAAAAUGUUGUUACAAAGUGGGAUUAAAAUAGGUGUAAAUUGUCAUUUUUUGUCAACGAUUUACACUACAUACUCAUGUCAAAGUGGAAAAAAAUUCACAACAAAUUAAAUGGAAAAUAAAACACUGUCAUGAUGUUGCCCUCUUUGGGUACAGCGAGCACCAUCCCCCUCUCUCUGUCUCCUACACUCAGGCUGAUGCGACCUCAGGUCGUAAAUUCCUGGAGGAGAUUAUCUCCUCAUGGCCACAGUAUAGAGAGAGAGCGAGAUAGAGAGAACAAAGGAAUUUCUUCCACCUCACAGAACUUGAGGUCCGAACAACAUUUAUGUUCUGGAGAAGGUAUAAAAUAUCGGUGAAGAAUCACCGAUCACCGACGAUUCCGUUUGGUACAAUUUUGUGAAACUCAUGGGAGACUAUACGGCCACAUUACCAUAACGCUGUUUAUACAAUAGCCUCAGAUAUGAGGCUUACAUCUAAUUGUUGUAUAAGAUGAAUGAGUGAGGAUGAUACUGUUUGUGAAAUUGUGUAAUGUGAUUUUGGACUGUUUAAUGAAGGAAACUCCAAUUCCCUUUGGAGUUUAACUAAAUCAGAGGACCGCCCAUGAGCACAGUUAUGGUAUUGCGUCCUGUGACAGGCCCUUUUCUGCUCUUCCGAAUAAAAAAACCCUGCCGGGUUUUCUAUCACCGGACCAACUUACCUCGAUAACGAGAGGGCCAAGGUUUGAGUAGAUGGCUGAAUCUUUUAACCAUACCACGUGGUUAAACUCUUAGACUAUCGAUACCGACAGAAUAAGAACAAGUCUUUGAUAUUAAUUACUAGUCUGCAGCUAGGAAUUUGGUAUCAUUAAACGCGAAGACCGACAACUGCCGAAACAUCUAUUCUAUAAUGACAUGAAUGAAUGUCACUCUGGACUAUCCAUUCUAACCACGACAGAGAGAGAAAGAGGGCGGACAAACUUUUCAACAGAGAUCCCGACGACACACUGAGAGUAAAUAUAUACACUGCUCAAAAAAAUAAAGGGAACACUUAAACAACACAAUGUAACUCCAAGUCAAUCACACUUCUGUGAAAUCAAACUGUCCACUUAGGAAGCAACACUGAUUGACAAUAAAUUUCACAUGCUGUUGUGCAAAUGGAAUAGACAAAAGGUGGAAAUUAUAGGCAAUUAGCAAGACACCCCCAAAAAAGGAGUGAUUCUGCAGGUGGUGACCACAGACCACUUCUCAGUUCCUAUGCUUCCUGGCUGAUGUUUUGGUCACUUUUGAAUGCUGGCGGUGCUCUCUCUCUAGUGGUAGCAUGAGACGGAGUCUACAACCCACACAAGUGGCUCAGGUAGUGCAGUUCAUCCAGGAUGGCACAUCAAUGCGAGC